UGUCAGAUUUUUGGUUUGGCGUCCUAUUUGCCAAUAUUUCGCAAUAAUUUAAUUAAAUAAUUAUUAAUUAAUUAAUUUUUGUUUUUAUGUGUUCAUAUAAUUGUAGUUAACGUAUUUUAUGUCUUCUUCAACUAUAUUUUUCAGGUAAAAAAAAUGGUAUCCAAAUCGGCUAUUGUGAGAUCUGAACUUCAAACAGCUGUUUAUUCCUAAAGUGGGCCACAACCACCAUUAUGUCUUGCUAAGAAGACAAUGUAACCCCUUAGGGGUUACUAUAGGGCUUAGGCUCUACAGUACCUAUUGUCUGUUUACUCAUAGUUCAAUUUUAAUACAUAUCUGCUAUUAUUAUUUAACAAACUUAAGAUAUUUAUUACAAUAACUCAUUGUGAGUUGUAAAAAUGAGUAAAAACAAAGCUGAGGUGGACUGCACAAGGCGGUGCAAGUCAAGGAGUCAUGGACAAGCCUUGACAAGUGCCAUAACGAAGAGAUCUAGCAGCGAUGAGGCUUUGGCUUGCUUCAUCAAAGCUACAUGUGCAAACUUUGUUAAAGCCUUUGAUUUUGAGGGUCGCACAGCCCUCCACAUGUCAGCGUCCCGCGGCCGCGCCCGCCUCAUGGACUGGUUGGUGCGUCACUCCUCUGUUGCGUUUAUAAACGCGCGCGACAGGGAGUCGGGGUACACGCCGCUGCACAGGAGCAUCUUCUACGGGCAGAUACACGCCGCUGUUUCUCUGAUGAAAAUUGGUGUAAACACGGACAUAGUAGACAAGGACGACUACAAAGCCCUGGAACACGCCAUGCUGGACCGCCAGUACAUGUACAAGCACGCAGGCUCCGGCCCUAGUGAGGUCUACGUCUGGGGCAGCAACUCUAAUUACACCCUCGGCACGGGGACACAGCAGCAGAGGAAUGUGCCAGAGCUGCUUGGAUGCUUCAAUAGGACCAAUGUCUGGGUUAAACAGGUGUGCCUGGGUAAGUUUCACAGCAUCUGGGUUUGCGAGGGCGCCGGCGGGCCGGAAGUGUACGUGUGCGGGCAGACGGCGCGCGCGGGCGGCGCAGGCGGCACCGCGCUGCGGCCCGCGCCGCUGCGGCUGCCGGAGCCCUGUCUGCAGGCCGCGCUCACCCGCGCCUGCACCGUGCUCCUGCUGGACAGCGGCGCGAUAGUCCAAUACUGCUUAAACAACGCGGACGCCAGCCAAUCAGCGAACACCCCCUCCGCCAUCAAGCUGCCGUCAACCAAGCCAUUACUGAAGAUAUCCAAGCCUAUAGGCGUUGUUGCCGCGCGAUCACACGUAGCUGUAUGGAAUGCCCACGCUGUGUAUACGUGGGGCACCAACUUGGGGCAGCUGGGGCACUCCCAGGAGGACAAAGUUGUGCCCGCACCUAAGAGGGUGGCGAUAUCAGUGAACAAUAAAGAAGAGGCCGGCCUACAACUGGUGGGCGUGGGUGACGCGGCCACUGUCAUCACCACAUGUCGUGGGGACGUGUACUUACUACACAAGUACAUAUGCAAGAAAAUCGCCAUCAAACAGAUAAACGUGAGUCAAGUAUGCGUGGAGGCGAAAGUAAGCGAGCAUGGAGUUUAUUCGCGAGUGACAGUGCUGCUGCUCACCAAUGUGGGACAACUGCUCAUCUGGCAGGACACCACUGCCCAGCUCACUAGAUGCGUAUUCGGCUUGAGCCACCAAACAGUCAUAACCCACGUGGCCCUCACUCACGACGCGCUAUACUUCACAACGAAAUACGGCGAAGCGUUCAUUGGCUCGAUAUCACGCAAAGCUCCGCCCUCAAAACCGCAGCCAAUCAGGAAAGAGCGGGAGAGAGACAACAACAAGUCCGCAUUAGUGAAGUUUUUGGAGAAAGAUGAUUGUACGCCGGUGAGGAUCACGAAAGUACCGAAUGUUCAUCGAGCGGUGGCCAUAGCGGUGGAUAGUGAGGGAUUGAACUUCGCUUGCCUACAGAUAAAACCAACCUGUGGGCUAACCUCAAUACCGGAGUUGUCACCGACCAGCAUGUCCAAACAUAUGGAAUCUCUGAUGGAAACUGCUUCCACCGAUGAUCUGUUACAUGAUAUCGUUUUUAAGGUCGACACAAGAUUAUACCCGGCACACGUGUACAUAAUAGCGUCUCACAGCGACCUCCUGUAUAAAUUGUACCAGGACAUCAGGACCAGCAAGGAAGACAAGCCGCUGAUCGUUCUAGAUAAUGUACUGCCUGAUGUCUUCGAGAGGAUUCUAAGGUACAUGUACACGGGAACGUGUGACGUGGCUGAGCUCGGCCCGUGCAGCUUGAAGAUAAGGAGGGAAGAUCUGAACAAUAUGAUGAAGAAAGAGAAAGACGUUGACCUCGAGUUGGAUGUAAUUGAAAACCCUACAGAGAUAUCAGCGUUCGAGGUGUACAAGCAGGAGAAGAACAAGAAGGGGAGUAAAACCAAAAGACAGGCAGACGGCACGUGCUGUGAUCCUGUGAAGCUGCUGCAAGCGGCCGCCAAGAGGCUGCAAGUCAUGGGCUUGCACAAACUUCUGGAUAAGUUCUAUUAUCGCGACGGCACAGUGUACCUGCGCGACUCGGCGACCUUCACCAAGAACCCCUCCCCAGUGUGGGACCGGACCAGGUUCCCGGAACUAGUGGACACCACCGUGUGCUCCAAGGAUGGUGGGGUGACCGCUGCUCAUAAAUGUGUGUUGGCCGCCAGGCUGGAGUACUUCCACGGGAUGUUCAUGCAUUCUUGGACGGAGAGUAAGCUUCUAUCCAAAGUAACGCUACCGAUAAACCAAGGAAUCUUACAACCCAUAAUCAACUUUCUCUACACGGAUUCAUGCCCAGAAGUGACGAACUCCGAUAGCGUCGACUUCAUAUGCAGCAUGCUGAUCGUAGCCGACCAACUCUUUAUAUCAAGACUCAGGGAAAUGUGUGAAGUGGCACUCUCUAAUCUCUUAAACUUAAAGAACUGCGCUGAACUAUGCCAAUUCGCUCACACAUACAACGCUACACAGCUCAAACAGUGCUGUAUGGAAUUCAUAUCGCUAAACCUCUGCAGCAUACUCGAAAACCGAACCUUAGAACUCAUCGAAGACAAUGUCGUCGAAGAUAUAUCUCGUUACUAUUGCAAAUUUAACCCUAUAAUGUCAUCCCGGGUAAUAACACCGUUUUACAACGCACCAAGCGAUGAUGUUAUAGAUGAUUGCGCUGCGAAUUUCCCUGUGCAUUUAGAACUAACUGACGAAGAUGUGAAAAAUGACAGUAUGAUUGAUAAUAAAGACAUUUCUAAAAAGAAAAGCAAGGCUAAAAAGAUUGAAUACACUGAGAGUGAAAAAGCAAGGAUGAGGUACGAAUCAGUCAGUUCUGUGACCUCACUAGAUCUAUCCAAUGAGGUAUCGGGUGACAUCACUUUAUCGCUAAGCAAUAUUUCGAAAGAGUCUGAGAAAGGUGCACGAGAGAAACAAGAGAAGUGGAUAGAAGUGUCAUCGUCUCAACAAAAACAGCAGAAAGUUGUUCAGGCGAGACUAAAAGCCAUAAGUAAUGCUAGAGAUAUACUAAACGAAACUCCAACUGAAUCUUUCACAAAGUUGACGAAAAAUAAUUCGUCUAGUUCAAUAAUUCAGUCUGAAAAUGUCCCUACGACGUCCCGUAUAUCUGUGUCACCCAAAGAUUCGUCUAUAGCCGAAAUGGCUAAGAGCCCAAAUAUGUCCCAAGGAUUUGUAAUAAACCAUAUCGGGCCCAAAUUGUCCCAGAAACAGAGGAAAAAGAUGGCUCUGCAAGGGCACGAUACGCCACAACGUCUAGAUGGGUACUUGAAUAAAUUAAAUAUUGAAAGUCCUCCUGAGAAACCGAGAAACCCUUGGAAAGUAGUGGAAACUCCUGCCGCCAGCAGUAGUCCAAAGGCAAAAGCUGUAGAGUUCAAUCAAAUUCUCACAGACCAGAAGAAGCAGAGAGACGAUUAUUCAAGGAUCAUGACAAAACCACUUGGAUUGACUCAGCUGGAAGAUAAAGCAAUAGAAGACCUCGAACGUUUUUACAAUGUACAUGAAGCAGACGAUGAAUUGAUAACAGUGCGGCGGAUCGAAAUAAAAGUGUCUUCUCCUCAAUGGAUCCACACUGCCCCCAAGUGAUAUACUGUGCUAUUUUAUAUUUUAAUAUAUUUCUAAGCAGGUUGAAUUACAUUAUGUGUAUGAUGCUGUUUUAAAAUAAAUUAUAUGCCAUAUA